CUUUAAGACGCUGGUUCUGGGAGGCGCUUGAGUGCAGUUCAACACACACACGCCUGACGCUCCGCUCGACGCCCAGGAAGAGAAACAGCCACACAUAUAUCGCCACAAGUUUAAAUAUGUCGCUUCAUUUGUUGUUUUAACGUGUAUUCUGUCGUGUAUAUGUUCCUGUAGUCGUAUUUAGGGUAAUAAUGCUGGAUGGUUGGACUAAUGAAGUUCAGUUUGGAUUUCUGCCGGUUACUGGGGCUCAGCGGCUCCAGUGAUGAGAGGCCAGAGGAGAUGGACACAGGUGCCCUCCCCGGGCAGAAUGACGACACACUCUCACAGGAUGUCUUAAAUGGUGAGGAGGGUCUUAGUGAUGAGGAGAAAGCCAGACGGAAAGCAGAGAGGCGCAAAGCCAAGAGGAAGCGUCAACGGCAGCGGAAGAAACUAGAGCGGGUUAAAAAGGAUGAAAGUACUGAACAGGGGGAGGAGAAUGCUGGAGCUGAUUCUGAACUCGAUGAGUCUGAGGACUCUGAGUCAGAGGAGGUGGAAGUUAUUGGCCUUUCAAAGGUGGAAGAGAAGCCUGUCGCACCUCCAAGUACAAGUCCUUCCGGACCUCCUCUGGCUUCAGGGAACAAAAGCAACCGGCAGCCGACGGCCCGUUCUAGUGAGGAGGACCCAGGGUGGGAUGUGAACAGUGCUUUUGUUGCCAAUGCUGUCAGUCACAUACGACCCAAAGCUAAAAGUAAAGGAGCUUACAAGUCGAAAGAGAACAAGGAAAAUGAGAGCAGGACUGGAGAAGACAUUGGCUUAUCAGAUGCUAAAACUAAAAGAAGUGCCAUUCUAGUAGAAAAAGGGAUUCGGUUCGUUCAAGAGGGCCAGUACACACAAGCGGUUAGUCUGUUUACAGAGGCCAUCAAGUGUGACCCAAAAGACUACAGGUUUUUUGGGAAUCGCUCCUACUGCUAUUGUUGUCUGGAGCAGUACCCUCUGGCCCUCGCAGAUGCUGAGAAGUCCAUCCAGAUUGCUCCUAAUUGGCCCAAAGGCUAUUACCGUAGGGGAAGUGCACUUAUGGGGCUUAAGAGGUACAGUGAAGCUGAGACAGCCAUGGAACAGGUGCUAAAACUAGACCAAGAUUGUGAAGAAGCCGUCAAUGACCUCUUGUACUGUAAAGUGCAACAACUUACGGAUCUUGGAUAUGAUGAGGAGCAGAGUAUUCAUUUGCUGGAAAAAUACAAUACAGUGCAGGCUGUUGUAGCAGCGAAGGCUUCAAAUCAGGACUGUGCUCUCCUCCAGCCAGGUCCUUGCAAUUCCCUGUGGGUGGGCAACGUGACCACAGAACUGACAGAGAAACAUCUGCGGGACCUUUUCAAAAUUUACGGAGAAAUUGACAGCAUUCGGGUUCUGCAUGAACGUUUCUGUGCAUUUGUUAACUUUAAGAAUGCCAACAUGGCCUCCCGUGCAAUGGAGAACCUCAAUGGACAUUUUAUUGAGAAUACCCGGCUAGUGGUUCGAUAUCCAGAUCGACGGAUUCAGAAAGUCCUCCCAACACCUGCCAUUCAACAACCUGCAGGGGCUGCUGGGCCAAGACGCAGAGGUCCUGUCAACGGAGAUGAGUGUUACUUCUGGAGGACCACCGGUUGUCAUUUUGGAGAUAGGUGUCGCUAUAAGCACAUUCCCGAUCACCGAGGCAAAGACUGGCAACCUUGAGUCAACACUAGCCUCUAUUCCUCUCCCUAAGAACUCUGGGAGUUGACUGCAUGACUGUAGGGACUGUAAUCUUCACUUUGAUUAUCUGUAGGUCAGGACCAGUAUUGUGGAUCGGCGUCUUAUGAAAGCUCUCUUGAGGUCAGAGUGCUUUGAACCUCACGGGGUUUCAAAGCAGAUGGGACUAUGGGAAAAGUGUCUCUUUUGAGGUGAGGUUUGGGUGGUGCAGAGUGGCAGAGCAUCGCUGCACCGCAUCGCCGUCUGCUGAGGUUUACAUGGCCUCUUAUAUCGUAGGCUCUCUUCUCUCUUCCUGUGCCAACACCACCAACCCAAAGAAGAGCCGUAGAUCUGGUCUGACAUUUGAGUUCAUCCUGAAAAAAUGACUGUCAUUCUGCAUUUGAGGUCUCAAAACUUCAAAAUGAGGAUGGGAGUAUCGUACCAAAGAAUAAUACUAUGCCAUAUUUGGAUUUUACGCUGAGAGAGAGAGAAAAAGGCAAUCAGGGAAAAUUAGCUUUCUAGUUUUGUGUGUGUUUUGAUUUUAUUCCACCACCUCAAACACACUCCAGCUGUUCAUUCAUCAUUUUUGCAGUCAUUUCUAAUUGGACUAAAGAUGUUUUCCCCACUACUUCUCUCAAACGGCCCUAAAAUUCAAGACCUGUUAGGGUAUAUCAGUAUUGCAAAGGGUUAGAGCAAUUGUUUGAAUCUUUCACAAACAAAUUACAUCUCAUGAUAAAUUAUUUUAAAUUUUUCUUUUUGAUUUUCUUGCAGUCUGGCACUUUACCACGGUGGAUCCCCCAAGAGUAGAUGUGAGAAUUGUGUUGCUAAAGGUAUUGAUGAACUGUGGUCAUCAGUGGUAUUUUUUUCAUGGUAUUUUCUAAUGGCGUCGUCACCAUUUAGAUAUUAUUUACAUGUAUCUAUAAAUAUGAACAUGCUUUUACAUUCAUGUCAUCGCAAAUGCACGUUUCAAUAGUAGAUUGUGUCAUGCUGCUCCACACAAUGCAGAAAAUCUUGUGGUUUUCUGUGUAUCUUAUGCAAGAGCUCUGAGACACAGGAAACUCUUGGCACUUUUCAUGCCGUCAGCACAAAAUUGACCAGGCGGUUUUCAUCAUUUCCUCUUUUAUUUAACGUUCUUGCUCUGGGUUUAGUGGAAGAGAAGGAAGUUGGCUGUUUGAAAUGGUUUGUCAUAUCUUCCACCUCAUGGCAUUUUCUUGUAGAACAGCAUGCACAUUUUUUUUUAUAUUAUUAUAGGUAUGAUAAUGAUUUCAUCAAGCAAUAUUGCAAUGCAUUUGAAAACUCUUAUGACCUCAUUGUGCUGUUCUGACACACUUAACCAAAGAAACACUAAUGUUUACCUAGUGUACCACAGACAAACACAUCAGCUACUUUUGUACAUUACACUAUUUAGGACUUUUUCCUCAAUUUUUAGUUAUGACUGCAUGGGCUUUUAUGCAGUCUGUAGUCACACUAGUGCUGAAUUGGGCUUUAAACGUCAUUUCUUUUGGCUCCAGAAUAGUCCUGAGUGCCUUAAAAUCAAUUGCUUUCCUGUCAGAUGAGUUUUUUUAGCAUUAAUAUUUAAGCUGAGGUCCCCCAUGAAAAGAAAGGAGGUGACUUUUUUUUUUUUUUAUUUUGGGCUGUGAAGUAGGGGACAAACUGAGUAAUACAGUAAAGUGUGUCUGUCACAUGUUGAUUUGGGAUUGAAGCAUACAGCUAUGGUUCUCAUUACUUUUUUUUUUUUUUUUUUUGUGUGUGUGUUCAAAUAAAUGAGUCUGACAACAGCGACAAUACCUCACUGUUGUGCUGCUCAAAGAGCACUUAAUAAUUCAGUCAUGCAUUAAAGGACAUUUAUCACUCAAAA